UGCCCCGCUGAUUCCCCUCUGUCGGUCUGGUGUGAUCCUAUGUCAAUGGUAUAGUCGUCGGCAACAAUCGCAAGUUGGCGUAAAUUGAAUCCGAGUGAGUUCGAGUCACUGGAAUUGUGAAGGAUUCCAUUAUUUGGGUUACUGGGUUUUGGGCGAUUUGAUCUUUGGGGCUGCGCUUUCAGGACCAGAACAACAUUAGCAGGUGAUGGGCUUCAUGAUGGAGGAGCAUAAUCAGAAGAAUUUUGAAGAGUCCAACUCAGGACCAAAAGGGGUACAUUUGGUGGAUUCGGCUAAUUUGGAUGUCGCAUGUUUAGAAACAGAAAUUGGGAGGUUGACAUACACAGUUGAUUGCAUGGAACCCAAGCUGGAGGAUUUAAGAUUACAUGUAUAUAACUUAGAACAUGCGAUGCUUGAAAUAUUGAAGGGUGAUUGUAUUGAGGAAAUUGUUUCUGAGGUUGUCGAAAUUGCGAGUUUAAAGGCCAAUAAGACUCAUAACCUGUUGAGUCGAACUGUUGGUACAACCUUUGUGGAGCAAAUGGAUGAGGAUUUGUUUGGUGAACAUGGGAGAAGCAGUGAAGACCCACUAAAAAAAUUGACCAAGUCACCAGUGCUGGAUGGCUAUGCUGAUGAGGGACCCCAUGAGGAACUCAUACAUGAUGAGCACAAACCUGACCACGUUACGAGGGUUAAACAGCAGCCCCAAAAGACUCUUCGUUCUCGGAAGCAACAAAGGAGUAAACCCAAAGCCCCAAUUUUUGCAAUAAGCGGUCUCAUCACACCUAAGAAUGCACAUCUCAUGAAAUUUUUAUUUAGGAAGAAUGGAAUUGGAGAAGACAAGUGGAGUGAAGUAGUAGCUAGUUAUGGUGACUACGCCGUUACUAGAAAGGAAUUUCAGUGUCUCUCUCCAGCAACUCCACUAUCUUGCAAGGUCAUAAACAUAUCUGCGGCGUAUUUGAAUGAGCCGGAGUCAGAACAUUGGUUUCUCCCUUCCUUUUUUGGGGAACGAGCGAGGGUAAAAGAUGAAUCAUGUAGCUAUGCUAAGUGGCUCACAUCAACCAUUGAGAUGUGUGGUCUGAAGAGGUUUCAUCGCCGUCUCCAACAAUGCUCCAAGAUAUUCAUUCCCUUGCACGACAAUAUGGAAGACCACUGGAUUCUGUUGGUCAUGCACCUCCCUGAAAAAAAGGCAGAGGUGCUGGACAGCUUCCCUGAUGUAAGGUCACGUGAGAGGCGAAUGGAUCAUGCAAGAGAUGUGGUUAGUUCCACAUAG